AUGCCUCGUUUGUGUGCAAUGCAAUCCACGUUAUUAAAACGUAGAUUGCAUUCUUCUAUCAGAUUGUGUGAGGAAAGUGACCAAGGUGACGUUCAAAUAGGUAAUCCAUUUUGUUUAGAACCUAUUGAGUACGAGAGUCGUACCUUUCGGAAACAUGACAACGUACGUCGUCAGAGGCUUUAUGAAUUUGGAUUGUAUGUGGCGGCUUGCAUGCCAAAAUUUGUUCAGAAAAUCCAGAUGCAACACACCGAUGAAUUGGAGAUUCUAUGCGCUCCAGAAGGUUUCCACCCAGUCCUGUCUUUCUUAAGACUUCAUCAACAUGCAUGUUUUGAAACCUGCUCUGCUGCUACAGCCGUAGAUGUGCCCAGCCGAGAAUUCAGAUUCGAAGUCAUUUAUUGCAUUCUGAGCUUACGGUUUGGAGAAAGAGUCAGGGUGAAGUCUUACACUGAUGAACUCACCCCUGUAGAGUCUGCGUAUGACCUUUGGACUGGCGUCAACUGGUUCGAAAGGGAAAUUUACGACAUGUUUGGUAUAAUUUUCCGUAAUCACCCAGAUCUAAGAAGAAUUCUGACCGAUUAUGGUUUCCAAGGCCACCCACUACGAAAAGACUUUCCUAUCACGGGUUAUAUAGAAGUACGAUACGAUGACGAAUUGAAAAAACUUGUAUAUGAGCCAGUAGAGUAUGCGCAAGAGAUGCGCCAAUAUCAAUUGGAAUCGCCUUGGAAUUACAUGAAGAAUUUUCACGAAGGGUACAAUAACCCAAAACCAAUUAAGAAGUGA